AUUUAAUACAUUGAAUUCUGUCGUGUCGCUUUGUCCCUGACUAUAUUUCGAUAUUUACAAAGCUGCUGAAGGAGAGAAACGCAGCUGAAAAGACGAACGAAACCUCGAUCUCGUGGUCACGCACUUGGCCUAGGCCUAGCCAACAUUAAUAUAUUUAAAUGUUGCAGUUUUCCUAUUUCGUUGAAAAUGGCAGCCAGUGACAAUUCAAGACAGAGAUUGAAGGCUCAAUCGAAAAAACUACCACAGAAGAAUAGAGAAAGCAAGACUGGGAAAGGAAAAAGCAAAAAUUAUGUAUACCUGAAGUUUGCAUCAAUUGCAAUUUUGUCCUUUGUUGUGAUAGCAGGCAUAAUUUUGAUCAGCAGUAAGGAUUCUUUCAUUGGAAAAAAACCUCAACCAAGUAAAGAGGAACAGAGAAAGCCAAAGGACACCCCAAAGACCACCCCAAAGACCAAAACAAAGGAUGCUCCAAAACCCAAAGCUGAUGAUCUUAAGAAACUUUUAAACAAGCAUGAUAAAUCUAUAAGCGAUGUAUUAAGAAAAGCUACCAAAAUGUUAGAUGGUAAGAGAAUUGAUGAUGCUGUCAGAGAAUUUUCAGUUUUAUCUACGAAAUACCCCAAAAGCCCAUAUGCAAGAUAUGGAAAAGCAAAAGCAAUUGAUGAAGAGGCCGAGAAAAAAAGAAGCAAUGAGCUCCUAUUGGAAGCAAUAAAGCUUUUUAAUACUGUACCAGAUAUUGAAGAUUGCCCAUCUACGUUGAAGAAACUUGCUCUGCUUAGAAGUGCAGAAAGGCUAUCAUUUCUUGGAAAACCUUUGGGAGCAGUGAGAGUAUUAGAAAAGCUUGUAGCAUUUCUUCCAUCCGAUCCAGAUGUUAACAGAGCACUAGGAGUGCAGUACUUGCUGGCUGGUGAAACAGCCAAGGCCUUGGCUCCAUUUGAGAAGGUGCUAGAGGUCCUUCCUACAGAUGGUCAUUCCAAAUCUCAUGUUGGGUUUAUUUUAAAGUCUCUGGACAAAUUUAACGAGUCAAUUCCAUACUUAACUGAAGGUAUUAAUAGUGGGGACCCUGGUGCAGAUAACGGAAGGUUUUAUUUCCAUCUUGGUGAUGCAUACAUUCGUCUUUAUAAACCAGAUGAGGCCCGUCGUGUUUACGAACAAGGUGCACGAAAAGGAAUAUUUCUCUCUGCUUUGCAACGAUCGCUGUAUAACGCUGAUACUCCGUUGACAGCCAGGCCCUGGUGGACGCAUAAGGAAACAGGUUAUUCAAAGCACCUUGCAGCUCUAGAAGCAAACUGGAAGACUAUCAGAGACGAGGCAGUUGGCCUGUUAAACAAAAAAGAGCAUGGAGGCUUUGAACAAGAGGCUGAAAAGCUACAAGAUACUGGGGACUGGAAACAAUUAACAUUAUUCGAAAGAGGAAGCCAAGUUUGGGCUGGAUGCAAAAGAGCGCCAAAAACAUGCGCUAUCGUCAGCAAAAUGAGUGAAGCGACAGGAUGCAGUCGAGGCCAAAUAAAAUUUUCCGUGAUGUACCCUGGCACACAUGUCUGGCCGCACACAGGUCCAACCAACUGUCGUCUCCGUGCCCAUCUGGGACUAGUUAUUCCCAAGAACGUUUUUAUUCGAGCCGGCGAUGAAACGAGGACCUGGCAAGCGGGCAAAGUGAUUGUGUUUGAUGACUCUUUCGAGCAUGAAGUUUGGCACAAUGGAACGUCAGUCAGGCUGAUUCUCAUAAUCGACUUUUGGCACCCUGAAUUGACUGCGCAGCAGAAAAGAACUCUUUCUCCAAUCUGAAGUCGUUCUACAUAUAUAUUUAUUGACAACUAUAGGGCUCACUUUCCCCCUUUUUGCAAAUCAAAUUUUUAGUAUCAAAUGAAUUAAUGGGCAAUACUUUAUUCGAUCGUUAUGUGUGUCUGUAGUAUAUUGUCUCUAAUAAAUAACGUUUUUAUUUCUCUUGUUCCAUUUUUUCUAAUUGACUCCUUUUUUGAUUUUGUAAUAAAAAGACACCUGCUAA